UCGUCACCACGUGCGAGCCAAAUUUAAAUCGACCGCCUCGUUACACGCGAUCUUAUCUCCAUACACCCAUACAUAUAGAUAACAAGUAAACAAUUGGGCUAAGAGCUGAUUUAUCAGCGAGAAAACAUACCCCGAUACCUCGAUUCAGCUCUAACAGUAGAGGAAAAAACAAAUCUGACAUAAUCUUUAAAUUUCCAUUUGGAAGGAUAAACAUUGAGAGGAGGGAAAAGUCCAACUGUGUGUUAUCCGUAUGGAGUUUCUGUAGGAACUGAGCUGGUGAGACUGUAGUGUUUGAUGGAAACUCCACGAAUGAUCCCAUAAAAAUUCAGAAGGUUGAAUCCUCUUGACUUGAUACGGGUUGACAGAUCCCAAUGGCUGGGAAGGGAUCAAGGACAAGGGUCGAUGAAUAACGUUUCGAUAAAGGGUUUGCAUAAUAGUGAGAGAGUGUGCUGGAGGGGCUGGAAGAAUUGCCAGAGACAUUGAUUCGAGGGUAAAAUUGAUGAAGAACAUUUGGCUAGAUCGCGCCGAAUCAUAUCGACCUUGAGGAUACGGGUGGACUGACCUUGUCAAUAGGACAGCGCCACUGGUGGAACAACGAGGGACGAGGAAUCCGGAAGGAGUGUUACAACGUUGGUCUGCACUUGGUGAUAGUAGUGAUUAGCGUGUUGUGAUUUUAAUUGAGUCAGUGAUUAGACAAUCCCUCUGUUUGAUGUAAUUCGAUAGCGAGUCACCGAGGGACACUGAGGUAAUAAGUCAGUGUUAAAGCUUUUUUAUCCCAGAUUUAUGGGGCUUGAAUGAGGAUAAAAACGUGAGUAAGGUAAGAAAGGUUCAAGUUGACAGACAACUCUCUUGAGGUGUCUACACUCGACGUGUCUUACUCAGAGUCCUCUCACCUAUAUAGUUAAAACGUACACCAGGGACUUGUUUGCACAUUCGACAUCACCCAUCUCUUGGGGGGAAUGACUCAACAUGCUACUUAGUUUCAGAGUGGUACUGCUGAUCUCAGCUGUCCUGUCCUCUUGGCGAGCACGAGCUGACUAUCUCAGUGACAAAAAUGAGGUGUACGAUUUAUUAUCAGCUGCGGUACUGACGACUGAGGAUAAGAAUCAGUAUGUCGAUGAUGGAGUUGAUGGUUUCCUGGCAUUUGGAUUCCGUCCAGGAUCAGAAGUCAAGCAGCCCUAUCGUCUGUGUCUACCAGAAAAAUUAUCCGGUGAAUUCACCAUUGUAGCGACUUUCAAGCCUAUGUCUCUGAGGACCAGCUAUCUGUUCGCCGUUCUCAAUCCCUUCGAUACAAUUGUCCAGCUGGGACUUCGCAUCACCGAUGGACCGAGCCCAAAUCAAAAUGUCUCACUGAUUUACACCAACUCCGAUGAGCACUCACACUCGGAGGAAAUAGCUCAAUUCACAGUGACAAAAUUAACAAGGAAAUGGUCAAAAAUAGUCAUCAGAGUGUCAACCACUGACGUUGCACUUUACCUAAACUGUCAUGAAGUAGCGAGACAGCGAGUCACCAGAAUUCCCCAGGAACUCGUAUUCGAUACUGCAAGUGCACUCUACAUUGCUCAAGCCGGACCUCACAUUCAGGAAAAAUAUGAUGGUCUCCUGCAAACGUUGAGAUUAUAUUCCGGGCUGCCCCAGGACCUCGUUAGAUGUUCUGAUAUUGAGUUGUUCCCAACACACGCGGGCUCAGGUGACUAUUCUGACCCAUUGGAGGGUGGACUCCUUGACUUUGAUAAGUUCGAACAAGGCGAAGAUAAUGACAAAAAUGAGAAUAACCCUCCACCAUUCAUUACACCACCGCCGCCAAAUCCUGAUGGGAGAGGAUUGAAGGGUGAAAAGGGUGAUAAGGGUGAAAGGGGCGAGAGUGUGCGGGGUUCACCGGGGCCACCAGGUCCCCCCGGAAAUCUGUACGAUUUAAAUGACGAUGCCAAGCGAAUUCAGCCACAAGGACCACCGGGACCGAAGGGUGAACCUGGAACAUGCACUUGUAAUGCAACCGAUUUGAGAAUGAACUUCAUGAUGCCAAAAAUGAUUGAAGGGCCAAAGGGAGAGCCUGGCGUAUCCGGUAAAGAAGGAAAACAGGGUGACCGCGGUUUAACGGGAUCAGCGGGGCCACCUGGUGAGCGAGGUUUACCUGGUUCAGCGGGACCCAAAGGUGACAGAGGUGAGCUUGGUAUGACAGGACCAGAAGGGCCACAGGGACAAAAGGGUGAGCCGGGUAGAGAUGGUAUAGCUGGGGAAAAGGGAAAUCCCGGACCGCCAGGGCCACCAGGCAAAGCUGAUGACUUCUCUCCUCACGAUCCCCUUUGGAUUAGAACAGGCAUGUCUCCUGUAUCUAGAGAGGGUAUCACGAUGAGGCCGGGAUUACCAGGGCAAAAGGGGGAUGCUGGAAUGCCCGGCCAUCCUGGACCGAAAGGCGAAAGUGGAAUCACGGGAUCAAAAGGGACGAAAGGAGAACCGGGAUUGAAAGGCACUAAAGGAGAUCAUGGGAAGGAUGGGAGUCGUGGAGUUCAAGGGUUUAAGGGUGAACCGGGAGCACCAGGUACACCCGGAUUUCCUGGAGCACCCGGUGAAAAUGGUAGACCUGCCGAAAAGGGAGAUAAAGGAGAUUCUGGCCCUGAAGGCAAACAGGGACCUCCGGGUCCAUCCGGACACGUCAACUUUGGCACAGGAGGACUAGCUGGAAGUGGAACAGGUAACGGUGAGAAAGGUGAAAGAGGAGAGUCAGGGCCUCGUGGAUUUAAAGGCGACCUCGGUACCAAGGGUGAAAAGGGGAAUAAGGGUGACAGUGGACCAUCUGGGCUUCCAGGAAUAAAUGGUGUACAGGGUCCCCAAGGUGAUAAAGGAGAGCCUGGAAGAGAUGGUUCCGCUGGAGUGCCAGGAACAGGAGGAUCUAAAGGAGAUCGAGGCGAACGAGGACCUCCCGGUGCCACGACAAUUGCCGGCUCCGGUGACUACGUUACGAUCAAAGGAGAAAAAGGAACUGAGGGGAAGAGAGGUAGAAGAGGUAGACCAGGUCCCCCAGGACCACCAGGAAAAUCCGGAAGUGCUGGUGAAAUAGGUCUUCCUGGAUGGCCGCACAAUUCGUACAAGGGACGAGCUGGAACGCUUGGCAUUCCCAGAAGUCCAGGACCAGUUGGACCGAAGGGUGAUAAAGGUGAAAGCUGCCUAGUGAACGAAUGCAGCAGUGGAAGUGGAAUGAAAGGAGAGAAAGGAGCGGAUGGAUUUCCUGGUGCUCCUGGCCGGGACGGCCAAAGAGGAUUACCAGGUCCACCUGGACCUCCUGGAAUAUCACUUAUUGGUCAAAAGGGAGAGCCGGGAAUUGGUCGUAACCACAUGUUUGGAGAGAGAGAUUACUACGGCCCUCGUCAGGGAGCACGAAGUAGUCUCGAUGAGCUCAAAGUUAUUCGAGAACUCAAGCAAUUGAAAGAAUUGAAAGAGCAUUUAGGCGCUGGAAAACCGCCAACUAGAGGAGCUCAUGAAGUCACAACGAAAAUUGUACCGGGAGCUGUGACAUUUCAAAAUUCGGAUGCAAUGACUAAAAUGUCGAGUGUCAGUUCAGUGGGUACGUUGGCAUAUAUCAUUGAUGAAGAAGCAUUGCUGGUUAGAGUUAAUCAUGGAUGGCAGUAUAUAGCGCUUGGAUCUCUCUUGCCGAUAACAACCGUGCCACCACCAACCACUGUGCUACCUCCUACCAAUCCACCCUUCGAGGCUUCAAAUCUAAUCAAUCAAAUACCCAUGAAGACUGACGGCACCGGGUGGUAUCCGAAAAUGUUGCGAAUGGCGGCUCUCAAUGAACCAAUAAGUGGUGAUAUGCAUGGCGUGAGAGGAGCGGAUUACGCGUGUUAUCGACAAGCUAGACGUGCUGGUUUGAGGGGAACCUUCCGAGCAUUCCUAAGUUCCAGAGUACAAAAUGUCGAUAGUAUAGUUAGAUUAGAUGACAGGGAUCUGCCAAUAGUUAAUAUCAAAGGAGAUGUGCUGUUUAACUCAUGGAAGGAGAUGUUCAACGGGCAUGGCGCGUACUUCUCCCAAAAUCCCAGAAUUUACAGUUUCAACGGUAAAAACAUAUUAGCGGAUUUGGCAUGGCCGGAAAAGAUUGUUUGGCACGGUUCCCACAAAUUCGGUGACCGUGCCAUGGACACUUACUGCGACGCAUGGCACUCUGGAAACUCUGAUCGAUAUGGAUUGGGAUCACCUAUCACCGCUGGCAGACUCUUGGAGCAAGUACGUUACUCAUGCGAUAACAAAUUUGCACUGCUGUGUAUAGAAGUUACCAGUGAAUCAGCAAGACGACGCAGAAGCAUCAACGACAAUAUCGAUAACAGCGAUAAUGAUGAUUUAUCCGAGCAGGAGUAUCAGAAUUAUCUCGAUCAUAUUACAAAUAACUAAUUUAAAUAUUUAUAUGAAUUUUAUAUGAUAUUUAAAGAUAGGAGCUGCGAUGUCCAAAGUUCAAAACAGUACCAAGAUAGAUUGUUUUUAAAAUGAUUUUUCGUUCCGUUAAAUUUCUGACACGGGUAAACGAGUGAAAUGGUGAGUCCACUAUUUUGGCAAAUUGUGUAAUUGCACACGUCAACGAAAGGUCGGCUUCCACAAGACGUCAGUAGGAUUUCAAUGUUUUCAACACAAAAAUUUUUCAAAACCCUGGAAAUUUUUGUCGGAAUGAAAUAACCAUUCCCAAUAUCUUUCCAUUCCAAUCGUUAAUCCAUGGAUUGUAUCAUUUCAAAAUCGUAUCAAGCAAUGUUAUUACUUUUCGAACAAAUAUCCUGUUAGGAAAUUAUCGAAAAGACUGAUAGCUUCAGAUGUAACUAGCUGCGACUUGAUUUACCAUAUCAAUAGCUAAUUCAUAUCAACAUGUGUUAAUGCUAGAUCUCCUUCACUAACGAGUAAGAAAACAGAGAAAACAAUACCUGAAGUGAGACUACAAUGAAUGAUAAGGAUACGUGUGCAAAAUAAACGUUCACAUUUAGUCAAUAUUUACGAAUAUGUUCGUCUGUAAAACUCACUAGAAAAUUCAACACAAAAUAAGUCUAUCGAUAAGUAUCACCCGAUUAGUAUCAUCGUCCAAGAGAAACCCAUAACAUGAAUAAUAUAAUAUGUGCAGGUGUGAAGGAUAUGCUCUCGAAUUACUGCCGUUUUUCUUGCAUACUAUAAUUGACGUGAACGACAUACUUCUCUCAAAACGUAUAGGCUAGUGAAUGGUCAAAUAAUCGUAAUGAAGAAUGUUCACCUCCUCUUUGAUACUAUACAUUUCGUGGU